CUCCUGCACUUGCAUCAUCUUUCUUCAAAACCUAAUCACGUUCGAUCAAUCAGUUUGCCUGGGAGAUCACACCCAACCACGCAGAGAGUUGAAGAGGAACUAAACAAGCUCAAAUCAUUGGAAGUAUCAGUUGCACCAGCAGCUGUGAGCAACGGUCUACUCGGUUUGGAGAAAUUGUACAAGUGCAUAGAUGAUCUUUUCAACUUACCUCAAACCCUUCAAGCCCUCUCCCAGAGUCUACAUGAAAAAUGGCUUGACAAUUUAUUGGAUAAUUCAGUGGGGCUUCUUGAUCUUUGUGGCACAAUAAGGGAACUUGUCUCACAAUGUAAAGAAAAUGUAAGAGAUCUUCAAUCCUCUCUCAGAAGGAGAAAAGGAGAUUUAACUAUAGAUGACAGCAUUGAAAGAUUUACCUCUUUCAUCAAGAAGAUCAAGAGGGACGCCAAAAGAUUAGUCUCGGCUUUGAAGCAAAUGGAUCAAGAGACAGCAGUAUCGGUCUUGCUAGAUGCAGAUCAAGAUACAGUAGCUGUGAUUAGAGCACUAAAAGAAGCUAAUGCAGUAUGCAUUUCAACUUUCCAAAUGCCUUUGUCCUUCUUCUGUGUGCCCCUUUGA